GCUGACAAAAAUGCAGCCAUGGAAAUGAUCCGGGAUCUGCAUGAGGCAUUCCGUGAGAUGGUCACUCAUAACGAUUGGAUGGAUGAACAAACCCGAAAGAUCGCCAUCGAAAAAUCCCGCGCCAUGCAAAGUCUCAUUGGAUAUCCGGAUUUUGUGCUGAGCGACGAAAAACUUGACGACUUCUAUAAACUGGUGAGCUGA